UUCUCAUAGAUGAGCAGCUGCUAGGCAGGACUGUCUUGAAAGCAGAGAGACAGUGAGAGAGACCAUUUGGUGCCUGAAUGUGAGUGAGCGAGCGAGCGAGAGAGAGAGACGCACACACUCAGCGUGAGCUUGUGGUUUAAGCAGACACUAGCCGUGCGUUUAGGGAAACCCACAGUCUCAGCUCCCUGGGAUAAAGGAGUGUUGUUUCUGGCCCUGCUCUUUUUCCCCUUUUUAUUCUGUUUUGUUUUAUUCCCUCCAUCCUUUCUCUUCUUCCUUUUGCCUGCGGAAAGAGCUGGACCGCUGUUAUCUCCCUGAAACACGCCGAGCAGGUAGCGGAGGCUGAUGCUGUGAUACUGCAGGAGAAAAAUUCAGGCUCUCAUUUGAUGCAGUGAAGUGCUCUGUAAGGAAAAUCGCAAGCAAAGGUUUGCCGGCCAUGGGGAACCUCAUUAAGGUCCUUGGCAAGGAUUUAGAGAACUGUCCUCAUUUUUUCCUGGAUUUUGAAAAUGCUCAGCCCACAGAGGCUGAGACAGCCGUGUGGAACCAGGUUAGUGCCGUGCUGGAAGAAGCCCAUGGGAUACUGGCGGAGUUACAGUCUUACAAUGGAGCAGGACAAGAAAUAAGAGAGGCGAUUCAGAACCCCAAUGACCUCCAGUUGCAGGAGAAAGCCUGGAAUGCAGUCUGCCCCCUAGUGGCCAAGCUCAAGAGAUUCUAUGAAUUUUCUCUCAGGCUAGAGAACGCCCUGCGCAGUCUUUUGGAGGCCCUCACUAGCCCACCCUACGCUCCCAUCCAGCAUCUGGAGAGAGAGCAGGCCCUCGCCAAACAGUUUGCAGAGAUCCUGCACUUCACGCUCAGCUUUGAUGAGCUCAAGAUGACAAAUCCAGCCAUACAGAAUGAUUUUAGUUACUAUAGGAGGACCAUCAGCAGGAAUCGGCUGAACAACCAGCAGUUAGAAGCUGAGAAUGAAGUGAAUAAUGAAAUGGCCAAUCGGAUGUCGCUCUUCUAUGCUGAAGCCACACCCAUGCUCAAAACUCUGAGCAAUGCCACGACUAAGUUUGUGUCCGAGAACAAGACUUUGCCAAUUGAGGACACCACAGAUUGUCUGAGCACUAUGGCCUGUGUGUGCCGUGUCAUGUUGGAGACUCCGGAGUACCGGUGCCGUUUUACUAACACAGACACCAUGCUGUUCUGCAUGCGUGUGAUGGUGGGCGUCAUCAUCCUUUAUGACCACGUUCAUCCAGUGGGUGCCUUUGCCAAGACCUCCAAGAUUGAUAUGAAGGGCUGCAUCAAGGUGUUGAAAGAGCAGCCUUCAAACAGCGUAGAGGGACUGUUGAACGCACUGAGGUAUACAACAAGGCAUUUAAAUGAUGACAGCACCUCUAAACAAAUCAGGGCCCUGCUUCAAUGAGAGCAGGAGGAGAGUGAGAAAGAGCGACCGCAGAGAAAGAGACUGUCAGAGAACAUACGACGGUGGCUGGCAAACCUCUGAAACCUGCUUGUUUACAAGAGCAAAAUGCAACUUGAUC